AUGUCGUCCACUCCAGCACCUCAAGGGUUAUUAGUGACAGCCGGCAAAGUCCAUACGCCAUUCAAGACUGAAUUGUUGUCAGCAAUGGGAUCGUCUCGAUUCAAAGAUGGACCACCUCAUCUAGUCGGUAUAUUAGCUACCAAAAAAGAUGACGCUAGGACAUAUGCCGAAUUCACCAAGAAAGCAUGUGAACAAAUCGGUAUAAAUUUCGAGUUACGUCUCGUCGGCGAAGCGAGACAAGGUCUGGAUGGUGAAGGUGUUGGAAUCGAUGUUGAAGAAGCUAUCUUGGAAGCAAAUGACGAUUCUCAUGUUCAUGGUAUAAUGGUCUAUUAUCCUAUCUAUGGUGGAAGACAAGAUCAAUAUCUGCAGUCUGUCGUUUCUCCUCAAAAAGAUGUUGAAGGUUUAAAUCAUCAAUUCUUAUUCAAUCUUUAUCACAACAUUCGUUUCAUAUCACCAUUGACACUUCGACCAAUCCCAUCAUCUCAUUUACCUACACCUUUAUCUAAAUCUGCUCAAACGGACGACGCGCCCGAAGGAACAGUCAAAUCAAUUUUACCAUGUACACCUUUGGCCAUCGUCAAAGUACUAGAACAUCUGGGUGUCUAUAACAAAAUGCUGGAAUACGGUGAUAAAGCUCGUGGGAAAGUGAUCACAGUCAUCAACAGAAGUGAAGUUGUAGGAAGACCAUUAGCUGCUUUGUUGGCCAAUGAUGGUGCAAGAGUCAUAAGUGUUGAUAUUGAUUCAAUUGUGGAAUUCUCAAAAAGACCAUCAUUAUCCACUACUACAUCAAAAUUCAAUCCUCACCAUAUAACGACACCAUUACCUGAAUUCACUUUAGCUCAAGCGUUAUCAAUUUCAGACGUUGUCAUUUCUGCCGUACCUGUAUCUUCUUACAAGGUCCCUACUAAAGAUCUGAAAGAUGGUUGUGUAUGUGUAAAUGUUGCUGGCGAAAAGAAUUUCGAAGCUGAUGUGAGGGAACGAGCAUCCAUCUAUGUGCCCUCAGUCGGAAUGAUGACUAUCGCAAUGUUACAAAGAAACUUGAUCAGAUUAGUGGGUUAUCAAGAUAUGCUUAAAUCAGCUGGAUUAUGA